AUUUUAGUUCAGAAGCGGGCCUAGUGCCAUACCAUGGAAAAGAGAGGCAAGCACAAGACUGGGCCGAAUCUCCAUGAUCUGUUUGGGCAAAAGACAGGUCAGGCCCCUGGAUUUUCUUACACAGAUGCCAGCAAGAACAAAGGCAUCUCUUGGGGAGAGGAGACACUGAUGGGGUAUAUGGAGAAUCCCAAGAAGUACAUCCCUGGAACAAAAAUGAUUUUCACAGGCAUUAGAAAGGGCUGA